AUGACCAUUUUUUUAGCUACGGAUGAAGAAACAAAUAAUAGUAAUGGUAGAAGUGCCAUAACGACAGCAGAUAAUGAUAAUGCUUGUACAACAGAUACAUUUCGUAAUAAGCUUUAUCAAAAAAUUAUUGUUAGUGAUGAAAUAUUAAAAACAAUAAUUGAAGAUGGUAGUACCGAUUUAAUUAACCUUUAUGGACAAGAUUUAAUACGUACAUUUUGUAAAAUAACAGAAAAAAAUAAUAGUGAUUAUGAAAAAUGUACUGAAACAAUCAAAUAUGUAUCAAAAUGGUUACAAUUAUUUGAUGAAAAGUGA